UUGCGAGGUUUAUAGUAUUUGUCUCCGCCAAAAUCGAAUAGGGGAAGGGGAUAAGGCCGCUCGGUUCAAGGAUUACAAACCAAGAAAAGCAUUUUUCAUCAAAAUCUUGGUUUUCCCAGUUGGACAAACAUUUAUCUAUGGCGUCCUUAACACGUGAAUGGAUAGGGAUCAACACAUUCGCUUCUGCCACACAGACCAAAUUGCUUGAAUUGCUAGGAAAACUCAAGCAGGAGAAUGUGGACACGUUGACAAUACUUGUAAUGGGGAAAGGUGGUGUUGGGAAGUCAUCGACCAUAAACUCAAUCAUUGGGGAAAGAGCAGUGACUGUUAAUCCCUUUCAGUCAGAAGCACCCAGGACUGUUACGGUGUCACGAUCGAGGGCUGGAUUUACUUUGAACGUCAUUGACACUCCAGGGCUCAUAGAAGGAGGUUAUGUCAAUGCGCAGGCACUUGAGAUUAUAAAACGUUCUCUUCUGAACAAGACCAUCGAUGUUCUACUAUAUGUGGACCGUUUGGAUGCAUAUAGGGUUGAUAAUUUGGAUAAGCAAGUUGUUAAAGCCAUAACAGAAAGUUUUGGUAAAGGAAUAUGGGAUAGGGCUUUAGUUGUCCUAACGCAUGCUCAGCUCUCUCCACCAGAUGGAUUACCUUAUGAAGAUUUUUACUCCAAAAGGUCAGGGGCUCUUCUAAAAGUUGUUCGUGUCGGUGCGGGGUUAAAAAAACAGGAUAAGCAGGAUUUUGCUAUCCCUGUUGUUUUGGUUGAGAACAGUGGAAGAUGUAAUAAGAAUGAAAUUGAUGAAAAGGUUCUUCCUAAUGGGAUUGCCUGGAUUCCUCAUUUAGUCAAAACAAUCACAGAAGUUGUGUUGAAUGGAAGUAAGUCUAUUGUUGUUGACAAGAAGCUGAUUGAAGGGCCAAACCCCAAUGAGAGAGGGAAGUUCUUGAUUCCACUUAUUUUUGCCUUCCAAUACUUCUUUAUUGUUAAAGGGAUAGAACGUGCAAUCAAGAACGAUAUUGCAAGGGAGGGUAGACCAUCAUGGGAGUAGUAGGAUUCAGCUGUGACUACUAGCAAUUUCCCCGAUUUGGCUGUGAACCUUUUAUUGUCAUGAAUUUUUCUUAAUGUUGAUGCAGUUUUUCCUGUGCUGAUCACAUCUCUUAGGCAUUUCCGUAUAUUCUGCAGUAGUGGUUAUCUGCGGCAGAUGGAUUCCUUUGUGUUUUGAGAGAGUUGGAUUUUGUGUACUCAGAUAAACUAUGCUCUUUAAAUUGGCGUUUUUGGCUACCUAGUUAAUGUUGCAUCUGUAGAAGAAUUAUAUAUUUUUAUGUUUCAAUGUACUCGGUUCCGAUGUA